CACCUCUCUCGACAUUCUCUAUACCCACUUUCACUUUGAACCAGCUCAAGUUUAAAGAUGAGAACAAAGACUCUAGUCCAUUUUCUCAUACUAUGGCUCCUGCUAGCCACAUCUCAACACCAUUACACCAUUGCUUCCAAGAAUCAAGCUAUGGAGUCAGUUGAUUUCAAGAUCAAGCGUGCACAAUACAGCUCAAGGUCGACCACCGGACGUAUCCUAACCCCCUGGGUAAAAGAGCAGAAGAAUCGGAAAAAGCCAUCUGGACCAAACCCAGUUGGAAAUUAUCGCCCACCAACAAAGCCUUGAAUUGGUGAAUGCACUUGUUUUGUCUCAAAAGUAGGUAAGGUGACCACUAUAUUUCUUCGUAAAGUGAUGGAUGUCAGACUUAUUUGUAUAAGGUAGAAAAAUCUCGGUUAGGGUGUUUGAUUUGAACUAAGAUGGGAUAUUUACAUUUUGAAUUCCAGGAGACUUUAACCAACAAAUGGCAGCAGAACUUUCAAUGAUGACAUGCACAGCACUUUCUAAAUGACUCCUGACAUGUUUUAAAACAAAGUUUAAUAUGAUUCCUAGCUAAAGCAAUGAAUAAAAGAAUCUCACUAAGAAAUCAUGUUCUUAUUUGAUUAAUCAAUACAUACAAAAUUC